UUAUAAAGCAGUCCAUUCAUAAUCACGGCAACUCAAUUUUCACUCUCUCUUCUUCUAAGGACAUCAUGGGUCAUAACAAACCCAGUAGGCGAUUCAAAACCCACAACUCUCAUCGUGGUCAAUCUAGCAGGACCAAUCACCUCGACAGGGAAGAUGAGUCUCUCCCACAUGAUCAAGAUCCUGAAGAGGACACAGCAGGUCCUAAAAUUCAGCUUGCAAUGUGGGAUUUUGGGCAGUGUGAUGCAAAAAGGUGCACAGGGCGCAAGCUUGCAAGAUUUGAUUUGUUGAAAGAGUUGCGUGUCAGUAGUGGUUUUGGUGGCAUUGUUUUGAGUCCUGUUGGGAGUCACUGUGUCUCCAGAGAAGAUUAUAACUUAAUUAAAAGGAAAGGAUUGGCUGUUGUGGAUUGCUCAUGGGCACGUUUGGAAGAUGUACCAUUUGUCAAACUGCGAUGUGCUUCUCCUCGCUUAUUACCAUGGCUAGUAGCAGCUAAUCCAGUAAAUUAUGGUCGACCUUGUCAGCUAUCUUGUGUAGAGGCAUUAUCUGCCGCAUUAAUAAUAUGUGGGGAAGAGGAAACUGCUAAUCUGUUGCUGGGCAAGUUCAAGUGGGGACAUGCUUUCUUGUCACUCAACAGGGAGCUUCUAAAAUCAUACUCUGAAUGUGGAAGCAGUGCUGAAAUCAUUUCUGUCCAAAAUGCUUGGCUAACCCAACAAAGGGAGGUUCCAAAGGCUGUGUCAGACACUAAAGGAGCUGAUUUAAGUGAAAAUGAAGGCUCUUCUGAUGAUUCCGAAGAUGGGCUUCCGCCACUAGAAAGGAAUUUGAAUCAUUUGAACUUCCAGGAAAGUGAGGACGAAAGCGAGUAGAUAGAACCAUGCUACGAAUUAGCGAGACAACGAUAGGAACUUGUAACAGGGUGGCGAUAAUACAAGGCGGCUUAACUGCACGUGGGGGUCUUAGAAUCGCGGUUUCAAGAUGGUGGCGAUAAUGUUCGAUCGGUGGUAUCCGCUCUUUGUUGUUGAAAAAUUGUAGAUCAGACUAGAUUACUUAAAACAUAAAAAAUUUAUGGGUUUUGUGAUGGACA